AUGCCGUCGAAUGAACUUCUAAAUAUUGUUUCAGCAUAUGUCUCAAUUUAUUUUGGUCUAGUUAUUCUUAUUGGUGGUUUAAUUGGCAAUCUAUUCAAUAUUCUUGUCUUUCUUAGUCUUAAAACUUUUCGAGAAAAUUCAUGUGCAUUCUAUUUAACAACUAUGUCGUUACUUAAUAUAGGCCAAUUAUUAACGGGCGUACUUCCAGGAAUCAUGAAUGUUUGGUUUGCUAUCGAUUGGCCUGAUGGUUCACUGAUCUAUUGUAAAUUUCGAGCAUACUGUUUUCAAGUAUGUUCAUUAACUUCUUUCACAUGCAUGUGUAUAGCAACAAUUGAUCAAUUCUUGGCAACAUAUUCAAACCCUCGUUGGCAACGAUAUUGUAAUAUUAAAUUUGCUUAUCGGUUUUUUACAAUAUCUUUUCUUAUUUGGAUUCUUCAUGGAAUUCCAACAUUAAUUUACCAAACUCAUACUACCUCAACGUUGACUGGCGUAACUCAUUGUGACAUUUCUGAUGGUACAUUUCAAAAAUAUUAUAACUAUGGAUUCGUUCUUGUCUUAACUAGUACUCUACCUGUCGUUGUGACGGCUGUACUUGGUUCAUUAGCUUAUCGUAAUGUAAGACUAUUAGCUUAUCGUACAGUGCCUUUCGUUCAACGUGAGCUAGAUAAACAAUUAACAGUUAUGGUUCUUGUACAAGUUGCUUUCAAUUUUUGUGUUAUCGUACCAUAUAUUAUUACAUAUAUGUUUAAUUUUAUCGUAACUUUGAAUAGCAACUCUAUUGAAUAUGCAGUAUUUCAAUUAGCUAGAAAUGUAUCAAUUAAUUUCUUUUAUUUGUAUUUCGCGGUAAGUGUAAAUAAUCGAGUGCAAAUAUCAUCGAUACAUUGA